AUUUUCUGUUCACCUGUUCUCCCAUCCACUUUACCCAGUAUCCCCCUCCUCCUCAUCCAAACGAAACCGAUAGAGAUAUCACAAUUUCCUCUUUCAAGACACUAAACAGCCCUUCAGCUGCCGCACCACUGUAAGCCUCCAUCGUAACUUUCGUUAACAAUAGCUGUUCUUCCCACCGUUGUCGUCACUGUCACUCUCGCUCACCACCACUUUGAAGCUGUGGCGAUCUCUGCUUUAGAAUGAACAAGGAGCACUAAAUAGCUGUCCAAUCCUUUCCCCUUGUCUUCAUCGCCGUUGCUGUGUGUGGUACCAGACAAUGAUUCUAACUGGAUGUGCCAUGCCUCCCGCUGGUGGAUGUGCAAAAACAAACACCAGGGCAUGUAAACCGAUGCCUAGUAGCCUGUUAUCUGCAAGUAUUCCUCGAUUGACUCCCAAGGCUGCAUUUUUAAACAUCAGAAGUUCAUGGUCUUCGGUUCAAGAUCUUAAGUCUAAACCCUGGUCAUAUAGAGAUUUGCCAUUCUUGCACCUUUCUGCUGCAUCAACCCCUCUCUUAAGUGGUGAUCAAGGCAGAAUAUGGCACACUAUUCCCUCAUUACCAAGGCAGCGAAGAUCGCAUGUGUGCCCUCGAGCAUCAAAGGAUGUGCCAUACAGUUUUCGUUACCCUCCAAUGACCAAGAAGCCAAGAUGGUGGUGGAGGACUCUAGCAUGUCUGCCUUAUUUGAUGCCUCUUCAUGAGACAUGGAUGUAUGCUGAGACAGCAUAUCACCUACACCCAUUCCUUGAAGACUUUGAAUUUUUGACAUACCCAUUCCUUGGAGCAAUUGGCAGUUUGCCAAGCUGGUUCCUGAUGGCAUAUUUCUUUGUUGCAUAUCUUGGAGUUGUGAGGAGGAAGGAAUGGCCACAUUUUUUCAGAUUUCAUGUAGUGAUGGGCAUGUUGUUGGAGAUUGCUCUCCAAGUGAUAGGGACUGUGAGCCGUUGGAUGCCACUCGCUGUCUACUGGGGUAAAGUAGGUAUGCAUUUUUGGACAGCCAUUGCAUUUGCGUAUCUUUUUACAGUCUUGGAGUGCAUACGGUGUGCUCUUGCUGGUAUGUAUGCUGAUGUACCUUUUGCCUGUGAUGCAGCAUACAUCCAAAUCCCUUAUGAUUAGGAAGUAUAAGAGCAAAAAAUUAGAGCAGUCUUUCCAUUUUAUGUUUGUAUUGGAAACUUUUUGAGCUGAAUGGCUUAUUACUGAAGACAACCUUGUAAAAAUGUUACAUUUGAAUCACCUGGAUCUGCAUCGGGGAUUCUUAUAUGAAGUGCUAUUUCAAAUUUUCUUGUUAA